AAACACAGCAUCUUUAAGAACUAGUCAGGCUGUGCACUGUCAAAUUUCAAUGUACCGUUGUUUACAAAUUCUCUGAAGUAUUCUAAUGAGUUUUAGAAUGAAAUGGUUGAAUGAUACAUCCCAAAAAUUAACUAUUACGAUAAUGUGGUUACUUUUUUUUUGUUUUACCACUGCCGCGGCCGAAAUCGAUGCUACACUUGAUUACGAGAUUGAGGGCAAUGGAUUUCAUAGGACAAUCCGAUAUCAAAUCGAGUUAGGCAAUUUUUAUCGUGAAAACUGUCAUGUCGCAUUGCACUUAACACCAGAUCCAAUGCUCUAUGUAAACAUUGAUGAAUUGGCAGAUCUGCGAAGACGUGGUGAAAUUACCGCAUGUGCCGAGGGUGAAAUAGACGUGGAACUGUUUGCGGAAAACGCAAACCACCAGAACAUUACAGUAUGCGGGCCAUUAAAAAAGUCAGAUAAUUUUUUGAGCCUGCUACUUCAUCAGCGCUACCGAAUGCCUCAAGAAAAUACUCCAUAUGUAAAUAUAACACUGCCAGGGCCUGUACUGCUGUUGGGGUGCGAAGAAAGAAUAAAAGAGUAUAGCGUUUCAAAAAUCGACCUUUGCACACCUUGUGUCGAUUUCAGUCUCAAAUGGAGGGAAAUCCCUUACAAAAUGAUAAAAGAAAAUUACAUUUGGUCGGUAGCAGUGGGUGAUCUGUCUGAUCUAGAAUAUGUAACCAAUGGCACUUUCUUGGUUGUGAUAUUAGGCACAAUAUUUAUUCUACGAAUCCUAUGGUCCUCGAAGGACCAAAAAGAAGAGAAAAAGAAUCAAUAACCUGCAGAUGAAUAAGACUUGAGGAGCAGAAUAAUAUAAUAUUGUUAUUUUCAAUAAAUUAUUUUUAAUUCAAAAUCAAA